UACCUGUGGCUCUAGUUUACCUUUUAUUUUUAGGAGAUGCAUAUUUUAUGCACAAUCUGUAGUGACCUCGUGAACCAAGCUGAGAACAUCUUCGCGACCAAAUGUGGGCACAUUUUUCAUCAUCAUUGUCUGGCACAGUGGAUCGAAAGAUCAAAAUCCUGCCCACAAUGCCGCCACAAAGUCACAGACAAGUGCAUGUUCCGUAUCUACCCGACCAUAUCCAACGAGAGCACUGGCGAAGACGUGACCACGCUGCAGUCCCGUCUUGACGAUGCCCAACUUCAGCUGCGGCAACAGAAAGCUUCGGCUAAGGAUAAGGAGGAUAAACUGACUGCAAUCACUACGGAGUUGAAAAAGAAUGAGGAACUGUUAAAAAACUUAGAAAAGAAAUUAGUGACCAGAGAAUCUGCAAUAUCCGCCCUCAAAGAGCAGCUUGACUACGUCAAAAUACAAAAUAAGGAAACAAACAGACUGAAAGAAGAAAACGAAAGGCUCAAUAAGAAUAUGCAGACUUUAAAUGGUUUACAGAAAGUCCUAAAUGCUACCAGUGAUGAAGUGGAGCAGAUGUUACAGGGAUACACAGAUGUUAGGACUGUAGCCACGUUUGCCACGGCAUUGAAAAGAGCCCUAUGUGAAUCAGAAUCAAAGAAGAAUGAAACAAGGGACAGGUUACAGGCAGCAAAACAGCAAAUUGGUGUAGAGAAAAACAAUGUUGCUGACCUGCAAGCAAAAUUACUGCAGUUAGAAGAAAAACUAACGCACGCGAACCGAAAGAACGAGUUGCUAUUGAACAAGCGGAAAAUCAGCGAUGUGGCCAAUAGUGAACGGGACGCCACACCCAGCCCCAAACAACAUAAGGCCAGCCCGCGGCUUAACGAAGCCAUUAUUAUACACGACAACAAUGACAGCUUUGUGAGUAGAAACAAUAGAAUCCUAUUAAAACAUAAUGUUAAUAUUAUAAUCAAGCGAAAGAUCAGCGACGUAGCCAAUAGUGAACGGGACGCCACACCCAGCCCCAAACAGCAUAAGGCCAGCCCGCGGCUUAAUGAAGCCAUUAUCAUACACGACAACAAUGUCAGCUUUGAUACAAUGGUGAACAGGAUAGAGCAAGCGGACUCCCCGUAUCUGAGCCUCAAGCAGAGCAGCCUGGCGCUCUCUGCGCUCCAGACGCGGCCUUCGCAAAUGCCGCCUGCUACAAAACUCAAGCCCUCAGAGAUGGCGCUGCUAAACGCGGCCAGAAACAUAACCAAAAGGGGCGCAGAGAACCAGCCUUCAAACAGCCAGCGGCUGAGCAUCUUCCACAAGAAGGAGCCAGCCAAAAUAGACUUCUCCGACGAAGCUGAUAUGAACCAAGCUCAGCUAGAUAUCUCAUACGAUGGUCUAGGCGGCCACUCCAAGUUAGACACGUUCCCUGUGCCAAACAUCAGGCCUCCAAUCAAGAGUUGCGUCCCUAAACUAACCGCGAAACAUAAACUGAAGAGACCCAACCCCCCGGCGGGUAGUCAAGACAUAAGUAAACUGUUGGAGAAAAUCAGAGAUAAGUAAGAUGUAAUUUAUUGUAAGCAAAAAAUAAAUAAUAUAAUGUUAUUUUUGUAAAAAAAGAGGAAUAGCGAGUAUUGUUCUUAAAAGCAAACAAGAAAACAUGAAAAAGUUGUGACUUUAUAAUAUUUAAUUUUUUCCCGCCUUAUCAUGAACUUAUAAUAUGUAAUUGUAAAUAGAAUUAAGAAAUAUUGGUACCUAAAACACGUGAGAUUGUUAUGAUUUGUUCAUUUGUACCUAUGAAGUUAUUAAAAUGCAAGUUCAA